AGAUGAGAUCUGCACAAGCGUUUUCACCCGUGGAGAUGCUGUACGACACUAACAAAAAGCUUUAUAUAACAACAAUAAGACUCAAGUUACCAGCAGGUAGAUGGGACCUUCAUCUGCAGGUGAAAAUGGACGAAGAAAAAGCUGAAAUACACUUACAUGGUGACUCAAACACCUUCAAGAACCUCGUGAUCAACAACGACUGUACCUUCUCCUAUCCUUGGCCAACAAAUUCCUCGACCCUGGAAAUUUACUUGGAUGUGACGCUGAAAGACAGACGAUUAAAAGUUGGGUCCCAGUCAAGGUUACAAAAUUUGGAACCCUAUUCUUGCCCAAGUCGCCUCAGUGUUAAGUCUCUGAAGCAGAGCGUUAAAUUGACUCUCCAAUCUGCGGACAACAUUGAGGCUUACUCCUGUCCAUGUAAUGACACCAGAAAAGAAGGACUAUGUGCUAAUCUUACAAUACCGAGUACCAGUACCAACGAACCAAUACUGAGUACCAGUACCAACGAACCCGGGAAGGGGAAUGAUGGUGGAUAUUAUAUCUUGUAUAUAGUGUUGCCCUUGGUGACGGCGGUGGUACUCAUGAUGGUGCUGUACCUCUGUGUGUACUUUCAUCGACUUACUGGUGGUUUUAUCUGCUUCUGCUGCCGCCGUGACUCUCAACCCACACACCCGGCAUCCAACUCCACAACCCACCAGCAGGCAUCAUCACAUCCUCGUCUUCAGAGUAACGACAUUUUUCCUUGCACAAACCAAAUGUUGACCCAAGACCGGCUACCACAAAGACCUCAGAUUCCGGUAGAAAAUUUACCCCGGGGAUCUUUCCUGGAGCGCACGGAACCGUUUCAGCCAAAGGUAAUCCAGUCAUCCGUCGAAAACUGUUACCACGAAAGUCUAAAUAGUCUUUAUGAGGCUUUUUAGAACCAAUAUCUAUAAGACGUGGUACAACACAUAAUGCAGUCAUGAGCGGAGAAGUGUUUUGUAGCUCAAGAAAAACCUGCUUGUCUGGCCUUUUAGCAACAAGAGACGAAAUUUGGUGUCGUGUGGUAGGCUUGUUUGCCCAGAAACUCGAACUGUCUUGAUUCAUAAAAAAAAUCAGACAUUUAUGAGCCUAUGUUAUAAAUCUAAAUAUCAAAGAUCUUCAUUGUUUCCUGUUGUGGUAUAUUGAAGUCAUACCAGAAUCGACAACACCGACGAGCUUUCCAGUUCUAAUCAGCGUAUAUGGAAUCUCAUAUAUCGUUCCAAGU